AUGGAGGCAGAAAAUACUUUCAGAAAUUCUUUUGCUAAAGAGAUUGAGGGUUAUUUAAAUAAUAAACGUUGUUUAUAUGAAGCUGAAGGUAGAAGAGAAUAUCUUCCCCUAGUAGAUCAAGCUCUUAAUUUAAUAAAGAAUAUGAGAAAUUCUACAACGACAGAUUCGUCAGUUCAAAGUACUACGUUCGAUCGACCUUCAGAGAAGAUGUAUCAUUAUGCUGAGGGUGAAGCAAUUGAUUGUGCGAUAUGCAUUGAACAUGUAGAGGUUAUUCAUGCUCAAGUUAGACUUUCAUGUGACUAUAAAUGUCCUUAUUGUCGAAUCGAAGUAGACAAAUUUGCAAAACAACCAAGAAUUUGGGAACAUCCCGUGCAUGGACCACCGCAGCCACAGAAUCAAAUUGAUACAAAUGAUAUGCCACAUCCAGGAGAAUUGGAUUUUGCAAAUUUUCAGCGCGGUGUGCUACAAGUGGUAAAUUCAAUAUUUGGUGGUAGAUUAAACCUUGGUCAUCCCUUUCGCAAUGAUAACGGCACCGAAGAAGAUUAUGAUAAUGAAGACGAUUCACCAUCUGAAAUUGAUGAUGAAAUUUAUGAAACACGUUAUGUUGAAAGCAAUGAUUCUGACAGUUCCGAUGAUUCAGAUGAAUCCGAAGAAGAUCACGAAUAUGAUCGUGGAACCGGUAAUACCUUCGGUCCACCACGUAAUCCAUAUUAUAGCAGCUCAAACGAAACAUUAACUUCGUCAGGUAGACGAACUUAUCCAAGAGGAGCAACACAUGCUGGUAAUGAUCGUAUUGUCGGUGUACGAUCAUCUCGUGUUGAACUUCUUGAAGAUACUGAUAAUCUUUCCACUACUUUACAAGAUUCAAUAAGGUCACGAUCGAUAUCGCGUAAUCGUCCCCAUCCUGACCCGAUAAGUGGUUCAGCAUUUCGAAGUCGUCCACCAAGUUUUUCUAGAGAAAUAACUCCAAGAUCAGAAGUUAACGAAAUGUCUAGGUAUCGAAAUGAUAAUUAUUAUCCACAAAGAUCUGAUUACAUUAAUAUGCCUAGAAUUCAUGAUCAAGACACUUUUAGAGACGUUAAUUCGAAUGAUGAAAGUUCCAUAUAUAAUAAUCAUUUAAAUAAUGUUUCAUCGAGCAAUUUAUCUACAAGUAAUCAAAGCAACGAACAAAUAUAUAAUAAUGCAAACAAUGGUCAUCAUUUUUUAAAUACGCUUCCUCAAGCUAUUAUUAAUGCAUCGCAAUCGUCAACAACGUCAUCAAAUUAUCAUAAUUCGAAUCCUUAUAGAACCACAACAGAUUCUGAAUUCGAAUUUUCAAAUGCCUUAUACAGACACGCUUCGACAACGUCCCGAUUAAGAAAUAUGUAUCAAGAUGAUUCUACAGCAGACGAUUUGAUGGACGACGAAUCAGUUAGUUCAUCAUCAUCGGAGGAGGAGGAUUCGGACGAUGACCAAGACGAAGACGAAUCGAUGUUCACUAAUUGGGAUGCGAGCAACAAUAUGGACACAUCUGAUGAUUCUGAUAGCGAGGGUGAAGGCUACAGACAAAGUUUUUCCCGUCGUUCUUCCUCGUCUUCUGCAUCACCUGCCGUCUCUUCAUCGGAAGAAGAUGAAAAUGACAACGAGUCAGUCGUGACCACUUCAACGAGCAAUUCUAGGCCUGAAAUAAAUCAGCAAUGGUAUAAACCAUGGUCUUGGUACAAUCAAAGUGAUUCUCUAGCCUUAGCCUCAACUGUUACUUCUAACGCUUCUACUAUCGCAUCACCUGAUAGUGAAUCUACGAUUAGUAGUGUCAAUUCAUUUACUCCUAUUGUACGUAUUUCUUCCUCAUCAAUUCUUGUAGGAAAGAAAUUUUAUUUUUUCGGUGGAUAUACGUCCAAGUUUUCAAAUGAAGUAUUUUAUCUUGAUGUAUCUCAAUCAUUUAAUUCGGAAAAUCAACAAUGGAUUGAUCUAACACCAUCAUCGCCAAUUCCAUUUGGAAGUGCAUUCGCUACAGUUUCAUUAAUUGACGACAUUAAUCCAACCAUUUAUCUGUUUGGUGGAUUUAUGGUUGAUUCUGUUUCAUCUAAAGACAUAUUUGAAUCAUUUGUACAUAAAUUUAAUCCUCAAACUCUUAAAUGGGAUAUACCUAAAACCAAUGGCCAAAUACCAAAAAGACGUAGGAAUGUUGAAGCAGUCAAAGAUAAUUUUGGAAAAUUUUAUAUUUUUGGGGUUGCAAAAAACAUCAAUAUGUUAAGUCUAAUGCAAAUAUUUCUUUUACAAGCUCAAAAUGAUCAAAUUAUUAUUUGUGGUGGAGCUGUAG